AGCGGGCUAGUUGGCACAGCGUGAACGGGGCAUAUACCGAUUGGAAUUUGAACUUAUUGGUAAACGAUAUUCAUUAUAUCUUAGGAAAUAUGAAGAUUCAAUGUAGCCAAAAAUAUGGAACUAAUAAAUAGUAUUUCAACUAACAGAGCCAACUGUUUACGCUUAAACGGUUAAGACAUACGCGGAUGGUUAUAGCGAGGGUAAGAUGCACGGGGAAUCGUUGUACUAGAAAGACCUUCUACUGCGCUACCGCCGCCACCUAAACAAUGCGGUAGGAAAACAUCUCAAUCGCGUCUAGUAUGCUCGCUCAGUCGUGUAACAAAGCCUGCUCCAAGACGGUACGAUGACUAUGGUACAAUUUGCAUAAAGAUAACCCUAAGAGGGCCACUAGACUGGUUCGUCGACUGAUUAACGCAAUGAACAUUUGGAAUAAUUGGUAUUGUUCUUUAGUCACAUGUUGAAGUGGCUCAAAACCUUUCUUGAUUGGGUGACUCAAAUUCGAAGUAAUUCGCCCACUAAAUCAGUCUAUGGAGAAGACUCAUCUCUUGUCGCCGACGGUGUGCAUCACGCGGGACAAUCACACGGUUGCUCUAAUUGUUAUUAUUGAAAACUGUGUGACCGCCCGGCUGUAUUCUACGAAACAGCUGCUCGAUCACUCAUUCCACUACAGCACGGCCUGGCUGGGCUGGGCCGCUGCUCCAGACUGCAUGGUGAUUGUUCGUUCGCCUGGUCAUUUGUCUCCAGAUCAAAGAUUGAAUCAACGCGCGCGCUCGCUGGGACAAUUUCAGUGGCAGUCAGUGUCGAUUGCGGUGCUCUGCGGUGCUCUGCGGUAAAUUAUUGAAAAAUAAAAAAAAUCGAAUCUCCCCUCUGAUCGGCGUGUGACUCGAUUCGGUUAAAGUGUCGUGAAAUGCUCUCGAUUGGCGGCGGAUGGUGGUGUGGUUGAUGAGGCCAAGCGAAGUCGCCGCCGUCGACGAUGACGAUCGCAUCUUUUGGAGCAUACAUCAGAACCAACCGGCUCUCCAGCAAAAUACGUAACUUGUCGUCGGGUGGUUACGCUGGGGGACGCUGACGCUGCGCUGAUGCUGGCGAGGUGAGAGGCUAAGCGCGGGCUGAGAACAAGCCAAGACGUUUAAUGGAUUUUAAAUAUGUUCGGUGCUCGGUUCGGUGAACAGCUCGCGUGCGUCCAAGAGCUCCCAUGCUGCGCGGUUGACACAGUUCAAAUUUGCAGCGGCCGUUGAUCAGAUUGUUUUCGGAAAGUUGGCAAAUCGGGACGCAGGGCGGUCAGUGACACACAGCUGGUUGUCAGUUAUUGGCAACUCAAUGAAAGUUGGUUGUAGUUAAAUGAAAUCUUAGAAAAAUAUCGGUGAAAUUGUAUAUUGAAGCAGUGCAACGAGAAUAGAUAGAAUCUAUGUUAUGAAAUUCCCUAAAGUGAAUUGUCAAAGUACAGAAGUCGUUCAGUAAUUCAGUUGAAACAGUGUUAAUAAGUAAUUCACAAUAAGGUUAAGGAAAACAUCAGAAAUGCGGUGGAUUAGUGGCUCCAAAUGUCUUUCCCGAGUGAAUUCCAGUAAUGUAAGCAGAUGUGCGAAAAUGUUCCAUGAAUCCAGAGCACCAACGAUAAGGCACACGACCUCCAGCUACUGUAGAUGGUCACCGUUUAUGCUGGCGGUGAUAUGCAUCAACUUCAGCGGGUCCAGAGCCUUCGACGUGUACUGGAACAUUCCGACCUUCAUGUGCAAUCAGUAUCAGAUGAAUUUCGCCAGCAUAGGACCCACCUACGGGGUGUACCAGAACGGGAACGACAGCUUCCGGGGCGACGCCAUAUCGAUCCUGUACGAUCCGGGAAAGUUCCCGGCCCUGCUGGAAAAAUCUUCUACCCGGGUGCUAUACAAGCGGAAUGGUGGUGUACCGCAGGAGGGUAACCUCACCGAGCAUUUGGACAUUUUCCGAAAGCACAUGGACGAACUGGUGACGGAUCCGGGCUUUUCGGGAGUUGGUGUCAUCGAUUUCGAGUCGUGGCGGCCCAUAUUCCGGCAGAACUUCGGCUCACUGCAACCGUACAAGGACCUUUCUAUGAAGAUCGAAAAACAGAGGCAUCCCAACUUGCCGCCUAAGUGGCUGGAAGCUGAGGCAACUAGACGAUUCGAAUCAACAGGCCGGGAGUUCAUGGCUCAGACGUUGCUGUUGGCCAGACAGCUGCGGCCUCGGGCAGCGUGGGGCUAUUAUGCCUUUCCGUACUGCUUCAACAUGAACGGUGGUUCGACGAGCAACGGCCAAAAGGAGGACUGCUCUGCCGAGGUGCAACGAGAAAAUGACCGCAUCCAGUGGCUAUUUGACGACUCGGACAUUAUCUUCCCGUCGGUUUAUCUGCGGGAAAAGCUCGGUGCCGGAGACCGAAUAAAGCUCAUCCGGGGUCGCGUGAAGGAAGCAGUACGGAUGGCACGGAGAGCCAACGCGUCGCCCAAGCCCCGGGUGUUGACGUACAUUCGGUACGUUUACACGGACAGCAUCAAGUACCUGACCGAGUCGGAUUGGAUCAACGCUUUGAAUGCCAUGAAGCAGUUUGGAUCCGAUGGAGUAAUCCUCUGGGGUAGUUCCUAUGAUCUCAACAACAAAGAAAAGUGCACAAGCUUCAAAUCCUACAUGGACACUACGCUAGGACCCAUCCUGCAAUCUCUCCAGCAGCGAUAUAUUGUCGAAAGUCUUAAAUCGAGAGAUUACCCGGUAUUCUAGAUGAAUCGAAUUGACGAAUAUUUGAGCAGCGAAACCAACGGCAGUAUUCAUGUGCACCAAAUAAACAAAAACACAAACAUCCAUGUGAUCGACAAAUCCAAAUGCAACCAUUUUAUUAGAUGUAGGCUUCGUAUGUUUCUUCUAAGUACCUAGUAGGGCCCUCGUACGAUACAGAUAGGGUUUUAUAGAUAUUUUAUGAGCAGCAGAUACACAAUAUGAGUAAAAUAUUCACAACUUAUGGAGCUUUCAUGUCAAUGAACGACAAAGAACAACUGCCUUUCGCAACCACCCACGGGGAUAUGUAAACCAGAUUCCAAUUAGUUACGAGCAGCAAGACAAUUUUCCGAUACUUCCAGUGAUUUAUGGUUGCCGUGGGGGUGCGUACCGAUGGCACUUGGAAACAAAACCAUCGCCUCGUUGUCAGUAUACUAAGGCUGACAAGGAGUCGACACCGAUGCGAGGAUAUACGUACAAUUCCCAUAAAUACUUGAAAAAUGAUCUGCCUUUCACUUUUUGUCUUGGUUGUCUCCGCCGGCGCGAACGACCGGAACGAUUGACGAGCAUGUUAUUCACGCAAUAACAGCUGUGAACCAAACUGAGGCCCGGCUGGCUGGGACAAGUGGGUCCCCACCGCGGCAUCGUUUUCCACACAACGUGGUGCGUUACAGUUCCAAUAAUACAAAUUCCUUCAGCCA